UCCCCUUCACUCGUCAGUCCUCCCGUUCUCCUUCAGUCCUUCCCCCUUGCGAUUCCAUCGUAGAAACGCCAUUAAUGGCGAUUUUGCUUCUCACAUCUCUGAUCCUUUUCUCUUUCUUCCCCAUCUCCACCCUCCUUCCCCCGUGUCCCGAAACAAUUCCCAAUGCUAUCGCAGCUCUUUCGAAUUCUAGUUACGUAUCCAUGGCAUUAACCCUUCAACUCCUCUGUCGAACCCUGGACGUCCGUUCUUCGUCUGCAACGAUUUUCUCUCCUUCCGACGACGCUUUCAUUCGAUCAGGCCAGCCAUCUCUCUCUCUCCUCCUGUACCACUUCUCACCACAGAGACUCUCGAUCGCAAACCUCAGCUCCCUUGCGUUCGGCAACAAGAUCCCUACCUUGUCCGAUCAUUCUCUCAUUGUCACGACAUCGACCUCUGAUCCCCAGACUUCCCUGAAUGACGUCAAGAUCAACGAAUCCUCAAUUUACGAUGAUGGAUCCUUGGUCAUCUACGGAAUAGAUGACUUCUUGGAUCCUUCUUACCAGCUCCCUUUCUCCUCAGUUCCAGAACCGAACAGUUUGGCUUCCGCAUGCACAGUAACUCCAGAUGUGCACGAUCAUUCCUCCACUUCCGAAGCUGGUGGCUCUUUCUCUGCAGCUUCGAAACUACUCCUAUCACGAGGCUAUUCUGUGAUGGCCACAUUUCUUGAUCUGCAACUGAUAGACUUGAAAGCUCAGAUGAAGCUGACAGUCUUUGCGCCAAUUGAUGAAGCGAUGGAGGAGCGUCUUGGGAGUUACAGGGAAUACUCCUCGGUCUUUCUCCGGCAUGUUCUUCCCUGCAGGCUUACUUGGACGGAUCUCACCGGCCUUGACGACAGAACGGUGUUGCAGACAUUCUCCAAGGGCUUUACGAUCAGUAUCACAGCAACGGGUGAUACGCUUAUGAUCAACGGAGUUCCGGUCAUAUUUCCUGACAUGUAUUACAGUGAUUGGCUUGUAAUUCAUGGCCUUCGUCAGAUGCUCAUAUUUCCGGAGAAACAACCACCAACUGGAGAUUCCUUCUUUGCGUUCAACGGAGCUGAGGAGGAGAGCACACCAGAUUUUGGUGGCUUCCAUCGGUGAAAAGUCUUCAGACAAUUUUGUUGUGUCUUCAGCAUCUAUAAGUUCUUCGCGGUUGUCUUCAAUUCCUUAACUUCUCUGCUUUCAUCUCUGACAUUGAAGCUGUGGCAUUUUCACAAUGAUGCCGGAAAAAUGAUAAUUGAUCGUGUUUUACUGAACAUUUCUCUUUCCUGAUGGCUUUCAGGAUUACCGAUGUCCAGGUUUACCAUUACAGUGAA